AACAUUGUAUCAGUCUCUUGAUUGUAAACACACUUGCUCUUUUACAUCAAUGGCAAUGAAAUCGAUCAUCUUAAUCACCGCGUUGGUUGCUGUUUUAGUAGCAACACAAGCUCAAGCUCAAUUUAAUUUUCCCGGAGUUGGAUCUAGGUUAAACAUCAGCGGAAUUCUGUCUUGUUCAGCGAAUGCUAAUGUUAAUGGCACAAACCCAAUCCCUCCUUUCCCAAAUGCUGUAGUCCAACUAGUAUGUGGUGGAAAUGUGGUAGCCACAACCACAACAAAUGGCACGGGAGCAUUCAGCAUCUUUUUGAGCCAAUUUCAAGCUCUUCUUAGCACCAUUUUAUCAAAUUGUAUCCUACGCGUUCCUACACCGCUCUCGAAUUGUAACGCAACUCUGCCAUCAAAUGGAACCCUACAAGCGCCGAUACAAUUCCUAGGGAACUCCAUUCGUGGUGUUUUGAAUUUUACUUCGGGGCCAUUCACAAGGGGCUGAGUUUGAUCAUUUGAGUUAGCUUCGCUAUGAUAUAAUGUAUGAAUAAAUGAGGAUUGUGUUUAGCAACAUAAUAUACACCUCUAUAUAAUGCAUGAAUAAACGAAGCUGUUGACUUAUAUUAA